AUGGCUUAUAGGUUUAGAGCUGUCCAGCACAUUCACAAUCGAAUAAGAAUCGACGAAUAUGCAAAACUCGCCACAAAUACACUGCAAUUAGUUAGUUUUAUAUAGAACCAACUCCUCAAAAAAGAAGCUGACAAUUUCAAAAUUUUUUCAGAAAAUAUCAAUCCUGAAUAUCAAGACUUUAUGAAGAGAUUAAAAAUGAGGACAGUCGAUCAUAAAGAUACUCCUCCUGAGCAAAUUGGGAAUUAUUUCUAUUUUUCAGUAGAAGAGCCUUUUUUUAUUUGCUCCAGGAAAAGGAUUUUUGAUGUAAUUGAUAUUUAGGAUGGAACAAUUGGAAACCCUGAGACUAUUUUCCGAAUUGAAGAAAUCCCUGAGCUAAGAAAUGCGCAGGACGAGCAAAAAUACAGAAUUGGCUCACCUAUAAUAAGACUCUCUGAUGAUCACACAAAACUCAUUUAUGUUGUUGAUUUGCAUGGAAAUGAUAGACCCACAUUAGGAGUAAAAGAUUUAAAGACCGGAAAAAUUAUUGUAAAAAAUAAGCAGGAUCGCAUUCCUAUGGCAGGAAAUGCAGAAUGAGCUGAAGAUGGCAGAAGUUUUUAUUAUACACUUCCAGAUGAACAUAAUCGUCCAUCAAAGGUAAUUUACAAUAAGAUCUUUCUUCACAAUUUAAAUGAAAAGAGCGAAAACGACAAAUUAAUAUUCGAAGAAACCAAUGGGGCUUAUUAUUUGGAUUUAUCCCAGACAAAAGACAAAAAAUACACAAUAAUUUCGUCUCAAUCAAGGAGCUCUUCAGAGAUGCAUGUAAUUGAUAGAAAAACAAAUAAAACACAAAUUGUUGCAAGCAAAGAGCCAAAUACAAGGUAUUUCGUUGAGCAUAAUAAGGUAGUACCUAGUUAGGAUUAUUUUUAUCUCGUCACAAAUAAGGAUGUCCCAGAUUUCAAAAUUAUCAGAUUUCCUUCAAAAACUUCUCAAAAGCACGCACAAACUGUCGUUGGCUUUGAAGAUGGCUUAUGCAUCGACGAAGUCGAUAUGUUUGAAAAUCAUUUAGUUGUAUACUGCAGAGAAAAAACGAUCCCAAAAAUAAGAGUAUAUGAUUUGCGUACAAUGGAGCACAAAAAAAUUGAAUUCACUAAAAACAAGGAAGAAAUUUAUUCAAUUCAGCCUGGAGUUAAUAUGGAUUUCUACUCUAAAGAGCUUAGAUUCACUUAUUCUUCACGUUUAACUUAUGAAAUAUCGUAUGGGUAUGACUUAAAUACGAACACUCUUUAUCCAGUUCACGAAAAAACGUUUUCAGGAGUCCCUUAUUAUGCAAAUAAAUUUGAAUGCAAGAGGCUCGAAGUUCCUUCUCAUGAUGGGUUAUUGAUACCAUUAACUCUAUUUUAUAGAUCAGGCUUAGAAAAAAAUAGAAAGUAAUACUCAUAUAGUAAUCGGCUGCUAAUGACCGGAUAUGGGGCUUAUGGAACUCGCAGUGACCAUAGCUUUAAAUAUAGCCAACUAGCAGCAGUAGAAGAAGGGUGGAUAAUAGCUGAUGCCCAUGUCAGAGGUGAAGGAGAAAAAGGAGUUCAAUGGCAUCAAGCUGCAGUUAAAGAGCGAAAACAAAAUUCAUUUUUAGAUUUUAUUUCAACUGCUUCAUUUUUAAUUGCACAAGGAUACACAAGGCCAAGACUUAUGGCUGCUUAUGGGACAUCAGCAGGAGGUCUGCUCGUGGCAGCUGUUAUGAAUAUGAGGCCAGAAUUAUUUAAAGCUGUAGUUUUAGACGUCCCAUUUGUGGAUCCAUUAUCAAAUAUGCUCAAUGAAGAGUCAAUUUUGACAAUUCCUGAUAGGGACGAGUGGGGAGAUCCUAUUUCUGAUGUAAACAUCUACAAUGAAAUUCGUAGCUAUUCUCCAUAUGAGAAUUUGUCUAUAGCUAGAUAUCCUCCACUUUAUAUUACAGCUGGGCUGAAUGACUCCAGAGUUGAUUAUGUCAGUAUUUUGAAAUAUGUUGCUAGGAUGAGGCAAAGAAAAUAUUUAGACUCCAAGGAGGGUUUAAUUUGUUCUCAAAAUAUUGCACUUGAUGUACAAAAAACAGGACAUUUUGGAGAUGGGUCUUUGGAAAGCGAAGCUAAAAUGUGGGCAUUUUUGAAUAAAAUUAUACCGUCUCCUUCAAUCAUUCAAUAUUAA